UCCCAGAACUAGACCUACGAGGAGACGGGGCGGGACUCCGGGCUGGCGGAGGCGGGGCCUGUGGGCUUCGGGCGCGAACUGUUGAAAGGCGGUUGGUGUGGGUUCGGUUGCUCGGUCUAGUCCGGCGUCCCGGCUUUACCCCAUGGCUGACCCGGAGGAGCUUCGGUUUUCGCCGCCGCCUCCGCCUCCGCCUCCUUCUUCUCCACCUUCAGGCGUCUCAGCAUCUUCGCUCAGCGUCCCAGUGAGUUUGGGCUGGCGGGUUCCGAGCCCAUCAAUGGACCCUCUGGAGCAAGUGGAGCUGCAGAUCGGAGACGCAGCAUUUUCAUUAACUAAACUUCUUGAAGCUACAUCUGCAGUGUCAGCUCAGGUGGAAGAGCUCACUGUGAAAUGUACAGAAAAUGCACGUUUCCUUAAAACCUGGCGAGACCUCUUGAAAGAAGGCUAUGAGUCUUUGAAAUCCGACAACUGAUUUGGUCUGCUUAGUGACUCAGUGACUCACACAGAAGAUACUUGCACAUGGAUCACAUUUACUGGAUGACCUCUUUCCAGACAUUUAUACUCAGAAUGAAAAUUUUCUUGGUUAUCUUUUAUGAAAGCAAAAUACUGAAGGGGUGUGUGUAUGAGUGUGAGAGAGAUGUGACAGUAUUUACCUUUAAAUACUUUUGUACAAUCAUUUAUGAUAGUUACUUUUGUCAGUAAAAGAUUAUUUUAAGCUGGGUGUGGUGGUAUGUGCCUUUAAUCCCAGCACUCAGGAGGCAAAGGCAGGUGGAUCUCUGAGCUCAAAGCCAGCCUGGUCUCCAUAGUGAAUCUAGGCCAGCUGUGGCUACAGGGAGACCCUGUCUCAAAAAGACCAAAAAAAUUGAUUUUAAUAGUUCCUCAGUGCAGACAAAUUAUUAUUUGUUUUGCAAGAAGAUGCCAAGAAUGGCAGAGUUUGGAAUUGAGCUUCUUUUUAUCCCCCAGGAGAAUGAUGAAGGCUACAAUUGGGGAGCUGGUUCCAUCGGACAUGUUCUCUGAAACCAGAUUUAUUCUUCCACACCUGAAGCCACGGCACGCAACACCCACUAAGUGUCUGUUGAAUAAAAGACGUAGUAAA